CUUUAGAAAGCCUGCGACAGAGAGCAUGUUUUAUAACCACACGGUUGUUGUUGGGGGCGGGAAGGGAAGAAACUGUUACUUUGGAUGAAUAGGACACUUCAUCAACACAAGAAUGUUUUUAGCUGAUAACAACGGAAUCAUUCUGGGGCCAAAAACAGAAUGUGUGAAAAGUAGAAGUUAGGUAAAAUAGUGCGACCUUCUUUAUCAUAAGGCACUUUCACACUGCCCACCAAAGCAGUCCGCCCUCCGUUGUCUGUGCAACGAUGCAGAAUGGGGAAUUUGCCAGCCUCCUGACGUACUGCAGCGUAAACAAGUGCGGCAUUCUGCUUUUAUGUAACCGGAUAGCGGGAAGUGUGUGAAGUUAAAAACACCACAGGCUCAAUUCCCAUGCCCCUUCGAGCUGAAAGCAAUUGUCGCUUUUCAAAAAGUAUUCAGGUGCUGGUGUCGCCAUGCAGCUAACUGUCUGAAUGCCAAAGGCCGCAUCAGCUGUGUGAAAGCGCACUACAAACACGGAAAAGUUCCAAUUCGGUGAGUUCUGUGUGAAAAGUACAAGGGAAUGAUGCACCAAAGGCAGUGUGAAUGCAGCGAAAAUUUACUACAUUGUUACUGUGUCCGAAUUGAACGUUGUCUCUUAACAGGGAGGAAAGUAAACAUUUUAGCGUAAUUCCAACUAAAACAACCAGGUUUCAUGGAAGUACAGAGGUGCCUUGACUUUCGAGUGCCCAAACUUUUUUACGUGUAAGUGGUGGCGAGUGACAAACUAUCUCUUGGUCCUUUCUCUGCUUUCUGUUGCGAGCCAAAACUUGAGAUACGAGCAACUUUUAGAAACGUCGUCGAUCCAGUGACGUGAAAAACAAAUGGAGCAAUUAAGAAUUUGGACGCCCUCCACGACCACCUGGGCACCAUCUAUCCCGGUAUGAGGGCUCCCUCGUUCCGUUGCACCGACGCGGAGAAGGGCAACAAUCUAAUCCUUCACUACUACUCGGAGCGAGAAGGCCUGCAGGACAUCGUGAUUGGCAUCAUUAAAACGGUCGCACAGCAAAUCCAUGGCACGGAGAUAGAGAUGAAGAUGAUCCAGCCCAAAAGCGAGGAGUGCGACCACAUCAAGUUCCUGAUUGAGGAAAAGGACUCGGAGGAAGAGGCCUUCUACGAGGACCUGGACGGCUUCGAGGAGAACGGCACGCAGGAGACGCGCAUCAGCCCGUACACCUUUUGCAAGGCCUUCCCCUUUCACCUGAUGUUCGACAAAGACCUGAUGCUCACGCAGUGCGGCAACGCCAUUUACCGAGUGCUGCCUCAGCUCCAACCUGGCGCCUGCAUCCUCCCUUCGGUUUUCUCCCUGGUCCGCCCGCACAUUGACUUCAGCUACCAUGGCAUUCUUUCCCACAUCAACACAGUCUUUGUCCUGCGAAGCAAGGAGGGUCUGCUAAAUGUGGAAACGGUGGAGAACGAGGACGAGCUGACGGGGGUCGAGAUCAGCUGUCUGCGGUUAAAAGGCCAGAUGAUUUAUUUGCCCGAAGCCGAGAACAUCCUCUUUCUUUGCUCGCCCAGUGUGAUGAACCUGGACGACCUGACGCGAAGGGGCCUGUACCUGAGCGACAUCCCGCUGCACGACGCCACGCGAGACCUGGUGCUGCUGGGCGAGCAGUUCCGCGAGGAGUACAAGCUGACCCAGGAACUGGAGAUUCUCACCGACCGCCUGCAGCACACACUCCGGGCCCUGGAGGACGAGAAGAAGAAGACGGACAGAUUGCUGUACUCUGUCCUGCCGCCGUCGGUUGCCAACGAACUGAGACACAAGCGUCCCGUCCCGGCCAAGCGCUACGACAACGUCACCAUCCUUUUCAGCGGCAUCGUGGGCUUCAACGCCUUCUGCAGCAAGCACGCCUCCGCCGAGGGCGCCAUCAAGAUCGUCAAUCUGCUCAACGACGUUUACACCCGUUUCGACAUCUUGACCGACUCGCGCAAGAACCCUUAUGUAUACAAGGUGGAGACGGUGGGCGACAAGUACAUGACGGUAAGCGGCCUGCCUGAGCCGUGCACGCACCACGCCAAGUCCAUCUGCCACCUUGCACUCGACAUGUUGGAGAUCGCCGGACAAGUCAAAGUGGACGACGAGCCCGUACAGAUUACCAUCGGGAUCCACACGGGGGAGGUGGUGACGGGGGUGAUUGGCCAGAGGAUGCCUCGGUACUGCCUGUUUGGCAACACGGUCAACCUCACAAGCCGCACGGAAACCACCGGUGAAAAGGGCAAAAUCAAUGUGUCAGAGUAUACUUACAGGUGUUUGCAGUCCGCCGAGAACGCGGACCCUCAAUUCCACCUGGCAUACCGAGGGCCCGUCACCAUGAAGGGGAAGAAGGAGCCCAUGAAGGUGUGGUUCCUGUCCAGACAGGAAGUCCACUGACACGCCCUCCUUGAUCUUCAGCUCUAUUCCAUCAGACGGAUCAAGUAGAAGGAAAUGAUGCAAAGGUUUUUGAUAUAAAACUGCCCUUGUGCUUGGCCACAUUCUCUAAUAUGCAGUCCAUUUGUUAUGACACUGUCAUUGUUUUUGAUGUCCGUUUAUGUGAAGUCUUUUUUCUCCUGUGUGCGUGUGCGGUUGCAGUCUGCCUCUGUCUAUAAUCUUUUACAAUGUCGCUUUUGCAACUGUUGAUCCUGUUGCGAGUAGAGAUUAGGAACUGUUUAGAACAAACACGUUGUACACAAUGGAAUGAGGACCAUUACGAAUGGUACCUGUUUGCAGAUUGGUAGGCGGGAGAAGCCGUUUUUGUUAACCCGCCCUUUUUUCUCUCUCCUGUUUUGGACUGUCCAAUAUAAAUAAAAGCACCUCCUUAAUGUUGAGGUAUUUAAAUUCGUUUACAAAUACACCUACCGUAAACAAUGAAUGCACACUUUUUUAAAUUAUUACAAUUUUGAGCAUCAAGCUUCCAGGAAGCAAGCGUUGGAACAGUGUGCCGCUGCGUUUCAUGAGGCCUCAUUGACACAUCGCUAAGUCAUAGUCCACCACUCCAAAUGGAAGCAAAAAAAGAAGAAAAAAAAAAAUCCAGAAAAUUAUGGAAUUUACCAAACGGUGAUAAUUCUACUGAUGAUGAGUCUGCUCCGUCUUGAGCCAAAGGUCACAAGCACAAGGUCGGACGGGAUAAGCUCCAGCUCACCUGCGCCAAAAAAGACAACAGGACAAGAAGUAUAGGAAUUGGAAGGAUGGAUAAUGUUAGUGCACCUAAUAAAUUGGCACACGUUUAUUACUACUAUAGUGUUAAUGCACAUGUACCUUUUAGAGCCAUUUUUUUUUUUGGUUUAAUAUCUUAUUUUGCCAUAGUAUUGUAUGUAACUUUUAGAAAAUGCCCCAAAUAAAGUCUCUUGAGCCCUCA